AUGUCCAAUACCUAUGAUCCCUCAUGGCCCUGGCGAUCGGACCUUUACGGGAAUACAGGUACGACCAACACGUCCAGUAACGGUGUAGCCUUCAAAAGAAGUCCAACCAGACCAGGCGAACGAUCCCAACAUCAUUAUACAUCCUCUCAAGCACAAGCCCAAUUGACCACCAAUAAACCCUCUAGUAAAUACUUUCAUGCUGACUAUGAACCCUGUGCCACCUGUACACAUCAGGUCAACAAUGACCUACCUAGAGUAGAACAUCAAUACGUCCCUUAUAAACCUGGUGGGACCGCUGACACUGGUAAUGAUAUCGGUAACUCGUGGCAUUCUCCUGUAGGGGGUGUUGGAUGGGGAAGAGAGGAUCGACAUACAGCUCAAGAUUAA